GGAACUCGACGUGGCAAGCAAACAGCUCACUUCCUGUAUCUCUUAGCUCUGUUGACAACCGUCAUUAAGUCGUAAGUCACGUCUAUUAACCCGGACUUACCCGGACUCUCCCGGACUUCCUGCUCCCCUUUUACAUUUUCUCGUCAGCCCGGUGACAGAGCAAGGUGAGCGGGCUGCUGUCGUUGAUGCAGAACGGGCUGUAGGAGCUCAGCAGCCCGGUAAGGAGAGAUGACGGCGGGGCUGCUGGUGCUGGUGUUGGGGGGUCUUCUGGAGGUCUGCAUCAGUGUUUCAUCAAACAGAGGGGGGUACCCGACCUUCAGUGAUGAGAUCCUCUUUAAGAUCAACUGGCCUGGCCCUGAAUUCACGCUGGUAUGUUUCCCUAUACAAGAACUCUUCUCCUACUACUGCUGCCUCUCACACAGUGGUGACAGUAUUUAACACUCUUUUUCCUUUACACUUUGGCUUAAUAGUUAAUAUUUAAUGUCUUUGUGUUUCAGCCAGCCUCAGGUGCACUUUAUAAAGAGGAUGAUUUUGUUAUUAUGACAACAACAGAGAAGGAGAAGUAUAAAUGUCUGCUCCCAUCCCUGGCAAACGAAGAGCAGGUAAGCAAAAUAAACCCUAAUCUUUGUCUAUGAAGUUAUUUUUGGAGAUUUUGAGCAGAAAUCACAAAAAAAGAAGAACAAAGAGGUUGUCACUUUACUCUUCUGCAGUUUUUAAGUAUCUGUUACACAUUUAAGUGUCUAUUUCUGCAAUAUUUUGCACUUUUAUCACUCACUACUCUUCAUAUUUUCUCUUUGCUGGAGCUUUUCAUCAAUCAAUCAACUAAUCAAUCAAUCACUUUAUUCAUAAAGCACUUACAUACAUAAACUUGUAUCACAUAGUCCUGUAAACAAGAAGAAGAGGAUCAGGGAAUACAAAUAAGAUACAAACUGCGAAAAACCCACCCACCCUCUAAGCCAGCAUUUAACAGAGACCCAUACACACACACAUACACACACUCUCACAACCACCAGGACACCAAGUCUGCCCGAUUAAAAACUUCUUCAAAUCAGCUGUAAAGUGUAAUAUCUUUCCAGGUUUACUUAUGAUUAUUUCUGAGUGGAUGCCACUCGAGACAUGAGUAAUAUGAUGAAUCAGUCAAAGAGCAGAAUGAUGAACUCAGAAAAGGCGUUUGACGCAUAUAUUAGUGAAAUUUAGUCCUUCAGAGUUCAGAUGAGUCUCCUAAAACUCACAUUUAGUAUUUGAAUUACUCAACCUGAUUUAACUUUUGGCACAAUCAUCUUAUUUUCUCACCCUUGUAGAAAUAUUUUAUCACUUACAGAUACUGACUUUUCUCUGUUUCAUCUCAUUGCUAUAUCUAAACCCUCUCUGGUGGUUUUAUUAUACCUGCUCUGUCUUUGACAUCUCAGUAUCAUCAUCAUCAAUAAGGGUUUCUUCCGUUUUUUCUCUGUCCGUCUCUUGGGGAUUUGUAUGAAUAAAAACAGAAUAAUUCGAUAGAAAUGUUCUCCAAAGUGAAGUGUAAUAAGUGGUGAAAACGGCCUUCAGACAGCUGCUUUAUUCUUCUGAACACUUCAUAGCCUUCAGUGUUUUUUCAUCAAACAAACAUAGACAUUAAAGAAGUGGCUGAUCACCGAUUAAUCUUAGAUAGUCACUUCAAGUUAAAACUGCUUUGUUUUUAUCUCUUCCUGUGUGCACAUAGUUGUUUGUCCUGUGUAUUAGACAAACUUGAAGAUUAUUCAUCAAUGUUUCAAAAGCGAUUCACAGUCUGUAUACAGUUUUCAAAUGUAUGCAUCUACUUUUAAUCAUUUAUUGAUUGAACUCCUAACUAUGUGAUAUUAAAUAUCAUAGAUGUAACAUAUAUGUUGUUCAUCACAGUUAGGAUUUAGGCUGUUUUGCUGAGAAAACAAACACACUUUUAAACAGCUUGAAUUGAACCUCUUAAAACAUUUAUUGAUUAUCCAAGUAAUAAUGCUUUUGAUGAGCUAAUAUCCAAUGAGUACUUUUAUAUACACAGCGUUAAAGAUGCCAAACAUGUAAAUCCAUAACCUGAUGAAUAAAAGACUCCUGCACCUUCAUUUGCUCUCAUUGCAGAGAUGCUGUUUUGUUUUUUGACGCUGAUUUUUCUGCACUGCCUCGUUGCUCACAGUUUUAUUACUAUUGUAUUGAAUUGUAUCUUCUGACUUUUCUUGUUUUAGGAUGAUGAGAAGGAUUACGCCGGGCCCACUCCUGGAGAACUGCUGGAGCCUCUCUUCAAACGCAGCAGCUGCUCCUACAGGGUGAGACUCUCCAGCUUUCAGUGAUUUUCAUCUAACUUCUCAGUUUCUCUCUCUGCAUGGAAACCGAAACUGCAUUUAGUCAUUCAGGCUACAUUAGCGAAGCGUAAACAGCAGCUGUUUCCUCGCUCUUUCAGAUUGAGUCAUACUGGACGUAUGAGGUGUGUCACGGGAAGCAUAUACGGCAGUAUCACGAAGAGAAGGAGACUGGACAGGUCAGUGUUGGGGGGAAAAUGAGUCGUAGAUGACUUGAGUAGGAAGCAAGUAUAUUGUGUAGGAUGCACUGAAUGUUAUGACGUGUUUUAACAGAAGAUUAAUGUUCAGGAGUACUUCCUCGGGAAUGCGGCGCAGAAGAGCUCGUCAACAGAAGCAGGUGAGUUUUUCACGCUGAAGAUUAUAUCACCUUUGUGCUGUUUUGUUUUCUCGUCCUUUUCCAAAGCAAUGAUUUUAUCUUUAUCUGAUUCAGCUGAAGAGACGGCAAAGGUCAAAUCAGAGGAUCCAACAGAAGUAAGUAAAAUACAAAACUGUAAGAAGACACAAACUUAACUGUCUGGCUGUCAGCGCUCACAGUUUUCAUCUCUUUUCUGGUCCCUGUACUCGUGCUGUGGUUGUCCAGGUGCCCACCAAGAACAUCGAAGGUCAGCUGACUCCAUACUUCUCACUGGAGAUGGGAAACGGGACGCCCUGCGUGCUGAAACAGAACAUGGCUCGCUCCACGUCUGUGCUGUACGUCUGUCAUCCCGAGGCCAAACAUGAGAUCCUCUCGGUCGCCGAGGUCACGACAUGUGAAUACGAGGUGGUGGUGUUGACUCCGCUGCUUUGUGCACACCCCAAAUACAGGUACAUCUGUCGGGUUUAAUAACUAUAAACAUUGUGAGUUUAAGUAUGGACCCAGUUUCAAAGUAAACAAGUUAAAGCAAUGUCCUUGUAAUGAUCAUAAAUCUAACACAUGCUCCUUUCAGGUUCAAGUCUUCCCCGGUGAACACCAUCUUCUGCCAGUCUCUGGCCGGCUCCCCCACGCAGCCUUACAAGCUCUCCAUGUUUGACAAGGAGCGGGAGGAUCUGCUUAAACCGCCUUUUCGAGCCAGCGCUGAGACCACGGAGGUGAGGCGGGGCUGCAGUUGAAGAUGGGCGCUGCGUGUAUUGAUGACAGCCGUGCUAACAUACCUUCAAUGUGUUACAGGAGGAGGUGUCACCAGUGAGGGAGGAAGCCUUCACCUCCACUCACAAACCCAUAAUGGUCGGGGGGCAGUCUCAGGUCACCGUGGGAACCACACACAUCUCUCGGCUGACCGAUGAGCAGCUGAUCAAAGACUUCCUCAGCGGCUCGUACUGCCUCCACGGGGUGAGUCCUGUUCAUCUGGAGCACUUGGGCAGCGUUACAUGAACAACUCUGUAUAGUCAUUAUUAUCGUCUGUGUGUUUCAGGGGGUAGGAUGGUGGAAGUAUGAGUUCUGUUAUGGAAAGCAUGUCCAUCAGUACCACGAGGUAAGAGUCCCACCUUCUACUGUUUUUGCUUCUGUACGUCGUAUACAGGCGUCUGUUUUCUGAAUCAGUCAACCUGAACGUAAAAAGCAUUGGUGCUGCUGUAGAGGCCAACAGACUACCAGCAAACACAAUGUUUGCAGGACUUCUACAACUAGGAUAAAGUGACAUAAUCCAGGACCCGAGGUCAACAGUUUAGCGGCGCUACAACACGCAGCAGGUCCCGUUUGACAAGAAACACUUCUGUUACAGACACUUGUCUUACUUUGUUAAAGCGGUUUACCUGUCUAGCACAAAGGUUACAGGGUCACGAAGAUCCCAAAGCGUCCCCCAUCAUUGUUGACCCGGCUUUUUAGCUCUUGCCAGAGUGGUCUACCUUUUUUAAGCACUUGUUGUUCUGUCAGAGUCUCUAGUAUACACUUUGUUUUCUUGCUUGUGUCGGCAGUCGUGGCCAAAGCAGGAUUCAGACAAUUUUCCGUACUUUCUGGUUGGUUUCUACAGUCAGAUAUUGUAGUACGCUAACUUUGUUUGGGCUCAUGAAUGUUAUUCAAGGAUGUGGAGCGUGCCUCAAAACACGAGGGAGCAGCGUCUGCCUCACAGCCAAUCAGGUUGGGGGAGAUGGGGAACGACUUUGUUUACAUUUAAAAAGAGCGGGCCGCUCAAAAAUAUUAAAAAUGUUGAUUACAUAGACACGACAGAACAAAGCGAUAUUGUGGUAUAACCUAAUGCCAUCAAUAACUAAUAGCUACUAACUGAUAUUAAAAGCUUUUUCGUAUAUACACCACAAAAAAAGAUGCUUCUUUAACAGAAUCCUGCCUACCCCACCUUUAAUAGUGAUGCUUUUAACCAGGUUUGAUCUAACCUCAUAAAAGGGUCUUCAACUCUUCAUUUUUAUACCCUUUCAAGCCCUCGUAGACUCACUCAUCACAGGCUUGAUGUCAUUUCAGUCUCUUGAGCCUUAGGUUUCAGGUACAAGGUGGAGAUGACGUCUGAAUCUGUGCAUCAUAAAGAGGCAUAAAUAUCCUCAUCCGUCUGGAGGAUAUGAGGUUUCUGAGUACGUCAUGUUGCAUUUGAAUGAUGAUGAUGUUCCUCCUUCAGGAAAAGGAUCAGGGGAAGAACAUCGUCGUGGUCGGGAACUGGAACACCGAGGAGCACAUUGACUGGGCCAAAAGGAACGUGGCCCGGUCCUAUCAGCUCAAAGAUGACGGCGUGCAGAAAGUCAAGUAGGACAACUGAACUUUCUAAAUUUCCCUGAACGUAAAUUUAAAAGAGAUCACUAAAAACGUCUCCCUCUGCUCCACAUUAGGCUGGUCUCCCACUUCUACGGCCGAGGGGAUGUGUGCGAUCUCACAGGGAAGCCGAGACAGGUCAUUGUGAAGCUGAAGUGAGUGAAUAGUCACACAGAGGGUGUUACCAUGGCACCGAUCCAGUGUCGCCGCUCUGAGUCAACACAUGAGUAAGACGUUACGCUGAUGCCUCCCAGUCGAUUCACAGAUCUCAUUUCUCUCUCUCCCCGCUGUCAGAUGUAAAGAGUCUGAGUCUCCCCAUGCUGUCACCGUCUACAUGCUGGAGCCUCAGACGUGUCAGUACAUCCUCGGGGUAAGUCGGCAUGGCAACCAGUGAGCGACAGCGAGUGAAAAAAACACGUGCAUGAAUCACAGGUCUCAAACGUAGCUCGCAUACAAACUGCCUGUUAAAGUUAUAAAAGUAAAGUGCAAACUAGAUCAUCUAUUAUUUAUGUUUUUAUUGAUCCGGCGAGGUGCAGAAGUGAUGAAUCGACUUUUUUAACAGCAGGGAUUUGAAGUCAGGAAGUCGAGGAUUAAAUCACUUCAACAAUCAUUGUGCUUGGCACUACUGUAACUGGUGGGAUCUGAUCCCUUAUCCGCGUUUUAUCAGCAUCAACAAAUUCAAGUAUUCUGAGAAAUGUCCAUAUUUUAUAUCAGCUGUGUUUGGUGAGGGCACUGCAACCAGAUAUUUGGCGUAUGAACGGACGCUCUUUUCAGGAAUUUGACAUUCAUUAUAUUUAGUCUAAUAAUUUGAGAUAUUAGGGGCGGCACAAUGGUGUAGUGGUUAGCACCGUCACCUCACAGCAAGAAGGUCCUGGGUUCGAAUCUGGGUCAGGGUGUUUCUGUGUGGAGUUUGCAUGUUCUCACUGUACCUGCAUGGGUUUACUCCAGGAACUCCGGUUUCCUCCUACAUCCCAAAAACAUGCAGAAGUGGGGUUAGGUUAAUUGGCCACUUUCAAAAUUGCCUGUAGGUGUGAAUGUGAGCGUGGAUGGUUGUUGUUCGUCCCCUGCCUUCGUCCGAAGAUGCUGGGAUAGGCUCCAGGCCCUCCGUGACCCCGGGAACGGGAAUAAGCGGUAGAAAAUGGAUGGAUGGAAUUUGAGAUAGUGGGUUUCUGAUUGUCAUGAGCUCCAUGGGUCUUAAUUAUCAUAAUUUAUACAGUUAGCAGGUUACAGCAUUUCACUUUCCAUGUAAUAACUAUAGAAAAUGUGAAAUCUUUUCAAAUAAACGAUGAAAAAAAACAACUUUUUAAAAAUGUUUCCAAAUGGGUAGACUCAAUGGUAAAUGAGGGGGAUUUAUUUAUUUGUAAUUGGAGAGAAACAGCAGGAAGAGCUGUCUAAUCCUAGCAGAUACAUCCAGAAUCAGACUUAAUGGGCGGCAGUAGCUCAAGGGGUAGAGCGGUCGUCCAAUAACUGGAAGGCUGGCGGUUCGAUUCCCCCUAUCCCUAGUCUGUCCGUGGUGUCCUUGGGCAAGACACUUAACCCACCUUGCUCCCAGUUUGUGUCCUCCACUGGUGUAUGAUUGUGAGUGUUGUGUGGUGGUGGUCGGAGAGGCCGUAGGUGCAAAAUGACGGACUCUGAUCUUUUUUACUAUCAUUGUUUUUAAAAGCCUAAGCUUUCUGAUAAAAAUACUAUUAAUUUCAGGAGUGUCUUUUCCCCCUUAACUUACAGAGAAAACUAAAGGAAAAUAGACAUUAAUGUACUUAAAAUGACUGACUCUAGGGAGAUGAGAGGUGAAGGUGUUUCGCAGCACAUAACAUCUGUUUUCUCUUCCAGGUUGAGUCUCCGGUCAUAUGCAGAAUUCUCGACACUGCUGAUGAACACGGCCUCUUAUCGAUCUCCAGCUAACCUGAAAAUGAUCACAUGACAGUAACGACGCAUGAAGGACGACAGGAGGACAGAUGGACAGAGGUGCACUUGAAGGAACGAAGCAGUAACCUCUCUGUAAGAGGAGGACAGAUGCCCAUGAAGCUGCACCAAAUGCCAAACUGGAGGUUUUACUUGAUCCUGAGGCUGGUCUUCAGGUAACCUGGGAGCACAGCCUCAUCCUGAGCUCAUCUGUGCCGUGGGUGAAGCUACAUCAGCGCAGUCCAGCUGGCAAGAUGGAUCAGAAGCGGUGAAAACCCAGUGAAAUGGGGCUGAAGCCUCACUUCAUAAGGCAGUAGGUUUACUGCCUGUCCUUCAUAUCUAUGCUUCACUCUCUGUUGAUAAAUGUUGAAGCGAAGGGGUAAUGAAUCAGCAAACGUAUAAUCAUCAGGGAAAGCGACUAAAUUCACGGUGGUUUUAUUGUCUUAAAGGUGUGAGUGUGUGUGAGAGCGUGAGAGCGGCACUUAAAGGUAAGAGAAAAUGCAAACCUGAGAAUAUUUUUUGCAGCAGUUAAGAGUGUGUGCUGUGUUAGUUUACAGGAUGAGUGGGUUUAACUUAUGCGUUAGAGGGUGUGGGGAAGAAAUAAAAGUCAGUACAUGUGGUUAAUUAAAGCUUCAUUUAAGUCUUUAGGAUAUGCAGAACGGCUGCGGGCUCCUGAUGGAGGUUCUCUGUGGUUUUAUGAAGAUGCACACUGGGGUCCUGUUAACUGCUGUAUCACAGGGAUGGAAAUGAAUGCAGUCGAGGCAAAGAAUAAAACUCAAACCUGAAACCUC